AAUUCGGGCACUUCCACACUUUUGCCUUUUCACAGCGAAUAAAAGUUUGCUCGUUUAAGUAUUGUCCGCUGACGUCACUUUGAUUCCUUGAAGUGAGGCAGAAUAAACCUUGAAAGGACUCUCCUUCAAUCUGCCGUUCGUAACUAACACACACACACACACACACACACCGAGUCACUCACUCACACACACACACACCGAGACUCAAUUACUGCCCAAUUCCCUUCUUCAUCAUCUCCUGCUACACUGGCCUCUUCCAAAAGCAAAUCGAAAAAGGAAAACAAAAAGCAACGUUACCUGAAGUGAUACUUCGACCCCGAUCGAGGCGGAAUUACACGAAGUGUCAAAACUAAGGGUGGACAAGCAGUGAUGUCACACAGCUGAGGACACUCCCACUCAAUAUGGAGUCUGGAGAACGGCUGGCCUCGCCUUCCACCACCCCGGCCUCCGUCCACACCGCCACCUCUGCAUCGUCAUCUUCCUCCUCUUCCUCUUCCUCAUCCACAGCAGCCUCCAAUGUGAAGAGCAGCCUGAACCACGCAGCCACGGCCUCGCUCGGCACAUGCGGUCCAAUUUUUGGGUUGACGGGCGGUGACCAGCCCUUCAGCGUCAGCUCAGUGACCUCUCUGCCCAGUGCGUACCCGCUCAUGGCCCACCCAGCCUUUGGUCUGCUAUCACCGGCGACAGCCCGCCCAGAGUUUGGGGGUCUAGGAGGACUGGGGGUCUCUGCUGCCCUCGCAGCUCAUCCACAACUAGGAGCCUUCACAGAAUGGUGGAGAGCAGCAGAAGCACAUGGACGGAGUUCUCCAGCCUUCUUCCCACCUUUUCUGGGUCUGCCGCCUAUGUUUGCCCCGCCGCUUCACAACCACGAGGCCAAUCCUUACACAUCCAAAACACCCAACAAGAGAAGUCAGGCCUCCAAAGGUGUGAAUGGAGCUGUGAAUGGUCGUUCACUGUCUCCAUCUGCGGCUAAAGGAGCAGUUUCGACUUCUGCCUCCCCCUCCCCCGCGCUCCGGCCCCCUGAACACAGCCGGACACUCAACGCCAAAGCCCGCGACCGCAAGGCCAGUCACCAUAGCAACAGCACAGGGGAGCUUCAGGAGAAACCCUCGCAGAAACCUAAAGAGAAGAAAGCCCGUAAGAAGCAGGUAGAGGGGUCUGGUGUAAGCGAGAGUGAAUCUGGAUCAUCGCUGGAUACUGACAGCGACGGAAUGAGCAGCAGUGAUAUUGAUGAUCUUGGAGAGGAAGAAGAUGAUGAUGAUGACGAGGAAGAUGAGCAGAGUAAAGACAGUGAGGAGUCAGACUCAGAAAAGGAACGGCAGAAAAAAAAGAAAAUGAAAAUUGUGACGCCAAACUCUGGGCUCAGUAAGAAGGAAAAGACCAGGCUGUUGGAGGCCAAAGACUUCCAUGGAGGCCUGCUGGGCAGUGCACCUUUAGAGCCCUCUCCUCCAGUGCACCUGCAUCGCUCUCCACCUCCUCCAGGCCUGUCUCAACCCCCUCUGCUAUCGCUAUCAGGCGGCAGAGCCAGGGAAAGACCCCUCCACACCAGUGUAAUCCAGUCCACUGGCCUGGCUGCAGGCGCUAAACCGUUAGCGCUAAUCGCACAGUCACGUCGAGACAUUUCUCCUAAACAUUCUCCACAGCAUCGCACCUCCUCUCCAAAAACCGCAUCAGCCACUACCAAGCCCCUCACUUCCUCACCUCAGCCCCUCCCACUCUCGUUAUGCUCCUCCCCCAAACCACUAUCAGUCCCGUCCCCUCCAAAAUCCCUCCCCCUGUCUUCUUCCCCCAAACUGCCCCCUCUCACCCCAUCCCUCAAAGCGCAGUCUCGAGCUUCCUCCCGCAAGUCCCAGUCUCCAGCGCUGGACGCUCUGACCAGCAGGAAGAUUCUGGAAAGUUCUCUGGCACAAGUCACUGCUGACUACAGGCUGAAACAGUCUUUCCUGUCCCAGGACCAGAAGUUUCCUCUCCAGUUAAAGAAACAACAGGACCCAUAUAAGAUAAACAAGAGGACAGAGGCACUCACGUCCUCUUCCUCAUCUUCAUCCUCCUCCUCUGCGCUCCCUCUUAAGCUCAGCUCCGAAGCAUCAGGUAGGACCAAGCCCCCUGCAUUGCAAGGUGUGUCCUCCUCCACUCUACCUUUCUCUCAUGGCCUGCUGGGUCUGGGCCAGCCUAACGGAGUCGUCCCGAGCACCCAGGAUAUGCCGUUGGCCCUUACCACCAAACCUCGCUCAGAUGUGCCCGUCAACCUCAGUACGGGAGGCCGUAAGAGCCCCGCCUCUGCGUCUCCCACUCCUAACCGCACCCGUGAGCCCCGGAAGAGCAAGACUCCCAAAGCAUUAGAAGCCUGGAAGGGUUUAUCCCAGAACCACCUGGUGCAGUCUCUGGUUGACCUCUUUCAACACAGCGGAGCUGAGCAAAAGCUGCCCAGCAGCAAAGACUCAGAUGACUCUGCUGAGGACGAAGAUGAUGAGGAUGAUGAUGUGGAGGACGAAGAGGAUGAUGACGAAGAGGAUUCAGAUGACAGUCUCUCAGAGUCAGACAGUAAUUCAGACAGCGAGAUGAACGGCUCAGAGGGUGGUAAAAAGAAGCGCAAGGAUGGAGUCAUGGAGAUGGACACCGAUGGAGAGAAGACUCCUCAGAAACUCAGCAAGGGGUUUUCCCAUCUGAACUUUUCCACGAAUCACAGCCUGUCUGACUGUCUGCCACUAAACCUCCAAGUCAUUAAGCCCUCCAGUGUGGCCACGCCCACCGUUGUGAGCAGCUCCGGUGCCUUGACCUAUCACAGCUCUCCCUCCUCAUCAUACUCUGUUGGCACCUCUCCAGGCUCUGCGAAGAGAAAGCGAGUGAUGAAUGAAGAUGAUUUACGGAUUCCGCUGGAAAUGGGCUGGCAAAGAGAGACCAGGAUGAAAACAAUGGGUGGUCGACUGCAGGGAGACGUUGCGUAUUAUGCCCCAUGUGGCAAGCGCCUACGACAGUACCCGGAUGUCGUAAAGUAUCUGUCCAGAUACGGAAUAACUGACAUCACACGUGAUAAUUUUAGCUUCAGUGCAAAAAUAAGGGUUGGUGACUUCUAUGAAGCCAGAGAAGGACCCCAGGGUUUGCAGUGGACUCUUCUGAAAGAAGAAGAAGUCAUCCCCCAUAUCUUGGCCAUGGAGGGUCGGCGAGGUCGUCCACCCAACUAUGAGCGGCAGUCGAGGGGCGGCAGCGAAGUUUCGGGCAGCCGGCGGCGAAAGGGCCGCCCCCCCAAUCUAGGAGAGAGCGAAUUCCCAAGUCCCUCCGAGGCCAAACUGCUGCGCAAGCUGGAGGCUCAGGAAAUCGCCCGGCAGGCGGCUCAGAUGAAGCUCAUGAGAAAACUAGAAAAACAGGCACUCACUCGGGCUGCCAAGGAGGCCCGCAAACAGCAAGCUAUCAUGGCCGCAGAGGAGAGGAGGAAGCAAAAGGAACAGUUGAAGAUUUUCAGACAGCAGGAAAAGAUCAAGCGUAUUCAGCAAAUCCGUAUGGAGAAGGAACUCCGAGCACAGCAGAUUCUCGAGGCAAAGCGGAAAAAGAGAGAGGAGGCUGCCAAUGCCAAAAUGUUGGAGGCGGAAAAGCGAAUAAAGGAGAAGGAGAUGAGACGCCAACAUGCUGUUAUUCUCAAGCACCAGGAGAUGGAGAGGCAUAGACUAGAUAUGGUAUGGGAGAGGGAGAGGAGGAGACAGCACAUUAUGCUAAUGAAAGCUGUGGAGGCUCGGAAAAAAGCUGAGGAGCGUGAACGCCUCAGGCAAGAGAAACGUGAUGAGAAACGGCUCAACAAGGAGCGGAAAAUGGAGCUCCGGAGGCUGGAGCUGGAGAUGAUCCGUGAGAUGAAGAAACCCAGUGAAGACAUGUGUUUGACAGAUCACAAGCCCCUUCCUGAGAUUCCUCGUAUCCAUGGUCUGGUUCUGCCUGGGAGUGUGUUUGCAGACUGCCUGAUGGUGGUGCAAUUCCUGCGGAGCUUUGGGAAGGUUCUUGGCAUGGAUCCCUCAGAAAUGCCCACUCUGGGUAUAUUGCAGGAGGGACUGCUCAACCUGGGCAACAGCAUGGGGCAAGUGCAGGACCUGUUGGUCCGGCUUCUCUCGUCUGCUGUGUCUGACCCAGGAUUGCCUCAAGGACACAGGGCUAAGUCUAUCUUGGGUGACCACCUGACCAAUGUGGGUCUGAAUCGGGACAACGUGUCUGAGGUUUUGCAGCUGUACAUGGAGGCUCACUCCUCUCAGACUGAGCUAGCUGAUCUUGCUGCGAGUCUGCGGACCAAAGCCUUUCAGGCCCACACACCAGCUCAGAAAGCCUCUGUCCUGGCCUUCCUGGUAAAUGAGUUGUCAUGCAGUAAAAGCGUGGUCAGUGAGAUCGACAAAAGCCUGGAGCACAUGAACGUGCUAAGGAAGGACGAGUGUAUCGUGGAGGGCAAAUUGAAGAAAAUGAAAACAAUCUAUGCUAAACGGACAGGGAAACGUGAAGCAAUCACUGGAGGGGAGGAACCUCAGGCUGUGGGCGGCUCCGCCAUUGGUCACAAGCGCAAGAGGAAGGCUGGGGAUAGUGAAGAUGACGAAGAUGAAGAUGAUGACAGUGAGGACGCAGGGGAUGAAGAUGAAGAUGAGGAGGAGGAAGAGGCUAAAAAGGGAAAAAAGGUGGAGACGUGCGAUGAGGAUGAGGGAGACCCAGCCACAAGUGUUGAAGAGCUGGAGAAACAGAUUGAGAAAUUAUCAAAGCAGCAAAACCUGAUCCGUCGGAAACUGUUUGAGUCAUCUCAUGCCCUGCGGUCCAUGUCAUACGGGCAGGACCGGUACCGCCGCAGAUACUGGGUCCUCCCACAGUGUGGAGGGGUUUACAUAGAGGGGUUAGAAAGUGGAGAAGGGGUCAAGGAGCUGGAGAAAGAGCGUGAGAGGUUGAGAAACUUUCCAGUUGUGCAGGUCAAAGAGGAGCCCGAGGAAGUUCUGCAGCAUCACCAGCAUGAGGAGAUACAGGGGGCUGUGAAGGAGGAGGUGAAACAGGAGGAGGAGAAGCCCAUCGAUCCUGAUCAGGAGGCAAAUAAAGAGAUGCGCUCCUCCCCACUAAAAGAACAGCAGGAAACAGAGCUUGUGACCACGCCCCUUCAACCACCAGAACUCCGCCCCUCACAAAGCCCCCAGUGUCAGGAAUUGCCUCACACACCUGUCAAAGCCAAGGGACUCUGCCACACCCACAAUGGCUGCCCCACAAUGGAAACUAUAUCAGCAUCAUCUCCAGCUCACUCUCCAACUACCUCUAAGCUGACAGAGGCCAGCAGCCCAAGCGCAGAGCACACAGUCCCUCCUCCUCUGCAGCUGGGCAUCCCUGCGCACAUCCUGCAGACGCAGCAGCUGGCGCAGACUCAGCUCCUGGCCAAUGACCAGCUGCUCAAGGUCCUCAGUGAGCGCAGCGGGCACUGGUUCAGCCUGCUGCCUCGCUCACCCUGCGACGACACCUCCCUCAUCCAGCCGUCUGCACACCCGCAGUCCUCGCCCUGCAGCAACACCGCCAGCACACGGCCCAAAACUCCACCUCCACCAUCUACCUCCUCUCUGCACCAUCAUCUGCUUCCUCUUUCUGUGUCUGCAAGCCCUCUGAACCCCUCACCGGGUGGAAUCAGCAACCUCAGUUUGCAGGUGAAGGCAGGUGGAGCUCUGAUUGGUUUGCCUUUGGGUAACUGGUCCGGUGGGGUCAUCAGCCCCAAUCUCCCCCAAUGUAGCAGCCCCCUGCACAUGUACCCCUCAGUGGAGGGCAGUGCCAGCCCCCUGCUAGCACCCAGCGUCUCAACCAGCAAAAGUGGUUCUCCUGUUCCCACUGUGGAGAAGCUUACGUCUGUUCCUUCUCCAAUGGCACUGGACCUUCCUAGGAAUCACGACCACCCCAAACCCCUGCCCAUACCAGAGAACAUGCUGCUGGGCUGGUGGAAGGUAACAGACAUGGAGAAGCUGAAAGCGCUAGUGAAUGCUCUCCACAGCAGAGGCAUCCGAGAGAGAGCCCUGCAGAAGCAGCUGCAGAAAUCCAUGGAUCUCAUUGCACAGACCUGUAACAAGAACCGAGAGGGAUCUGUGCGUUGUGCUUUUGUGUGUUGCAGGGGAGAGGAAGAGAUUGCUCCAGGGAUGAAGCUGUGGCGGAAAGCUCUGAAUGAGCUACGCAGCUCCUCUCAGCUGGCCAUGUGUCUGCAGCAGCUCCAGAAAUCCAUCGCCUGGGAAAGGUCCAUCAUGAAAGUGUACUGUCAGAUGUGCCGAAAGGGCGAUAAUGAAGACCUGCUUUUGCUGUGUGACGGCUGUGAUAAAGGGUGUCACACCUAUUGCCACAAACCCAAGAUAACCAACAUCCCAGAGGGAGACUGGUACUGCCCUGCUUGCAUCUCCAAGGCAAGCGGUCAGCCACCUAAAUCUAGGAAGACUCCGAAUCGUACACCACCAGCCAGUGGAGGAAAAAAGGCGACAGAAGCAGCCAAGAAAAGCAAGAAGCAGACUGAGACGUGUGAAGAAGAAGAAGCCAACAGCAGCAACAACAGCACCCCAAAGAAAGCAGCUGCCACCGCCACUCAGUCCAAGAAGAACCUCUCCACCCCCCCAGCACCCAAACCAGACAGCCCUGCCUGUGUAAAAAGAGCCAAAACAGCCAGAGACAACAACCGGGACCUGGGCCUCUGCAGGAUUCUGUUGGCUGAACUGGAACGUCAUCAGGACGCCCGGCCCUUCCUCACACCGGUUAACCUCAAAUCUGUACCAGGGUACCGCAAAGUCAUUAAAAAACCUAUGGACUUCUCCACUAUCCGUGAAAAACUCGUCAGUAGCCAGUAUCAGAAUUUAGAAACGUUCAUCAUUGAUGUCAACCUGGUGUUCGACAACUGCGAGAAGUUCAACGAGGACAACUCUGACAUCGGCCGAGCCGGGCACAACAUGAGGAAGUUCUUUGAGAAGCGGUGGACUGAGCUGCUGAAGCAAACUAACUGAGGUGGUCUCGGACCACCACGGGCUGUCAUUUCAAACCUGCAACCGGGGCUCAAAACAAGUCUCAGCUCUUUCUACGACACGGAGCCUUCAGGACCGACCAAUCCCACAUCAACACCCAAAGAGACACAAGACAGCGGGUGUCUUUGUGCAAUACCAUUUCCUUCUAGAAAAGAGAAAUCGCACUGAAAUUUCAACCAUCAGAGCUGUACUAAGGAGAAAGGUCCCUUUCCACUACUUGUAAAUAUCUUUUUAUUUUGGUUUUGUAUUUUUACUUUAUCGUUAAUAUUAUAGUGAAUGUAUUUAAUUUUUUAAAUGAUUAUUUAUGACUAAAUAAAAGAAAGGUCCACUCUUCAUUUUCUAUGAAAAGGAAGAAACAGCAAAACCGCUUUAGAUCUAAUGGAAUGUUUAUUUGUUUGUGUUUUUCCUCUCCAAAUAUGAAACCAAGCCAAGAAAAAAAACUGUUUACACUGUUCUGUGCCAUGUGGCAUCAGAGUAUUCAACCCUCUGAACGUGAACUAAUGGCAUCACUGUACACACACACACACACACACACACAGACAAGCAGGAGGCACCCAUGUGUACAUACUGUCUAUUAAUGUCAAUAUAUUGAGUCUUGUUUGGAAUGAUGUGUACAUAUUGUUUCAGACAUUGGAUAUUGUUUAUGCCUUAGAACGUUUGUAGCAAUUCAUUUUAGUCUUAAAGUGAUUAAUAAUAUGCAUUUAUUGUUUGUACAGUAUAUACAUAUCCUCUACAAAACACUGUGGUCUCCUUAAUCUUAGUAGUGCCUGCCCUUCAGAACAGGGUAUAGGGAAAAUUAAUUUGUUCCUUCUCGUUUUGUUUAGUUUUUUCCCCUUUUUUGUAAUGUUAUUGUUUUCUUAUACAAAACACAUCAAGGCCUCCACUCAAAGGCAUACUGUACGAAACUCUUAUCUGAACCCAUAUGAAAACUGUUGGAGUAUUCUUCAGUAUCGCUGGCCCCAGAGGCGCUCUGAGAUGGACAGCAGGCGUUCUGUAACCACAUGUGUCUGAGUCUCCCGCGUGCAUCGUGGCCCACUGGAGGCAGAUAGAACAGAGUUUUUUUUGUACCUGCGUCAGAGUACUUGAAGUUAUUUUAUUUAAAGAUAUUGUGGGAAACAAAUGGUAGCGUUCUUUUUGUAGAAGCAUUAUUUUUCACUAGUGUGUGUGUGUGUGUGUACGUGAGAGUGCGAGCGUGUGUUUGUGCGAGUGUGUGGAUGUUUGGCACGGACUUAUUAAAAGGAUGUUUUUAAAUCCA